CAGGAUGUGAGCAUGGCAGCCCAGGCCUUUAGCCCCUCCAAAGGGGGUCUUGUGCCCUCAUCAGGAAGCUCGGUCCUUGCCCACUGGAAUGACUCUGAUAAGUUCAGUAGAUCCUACCCCCGGGCCAGCAGGAGAAGGCAGCUCUCUGGACUCUGCCGGCUGAGAGUCUCUCUGCCUGGGGAGAAAUGGAGCUCCUACUGUUUGUCUUCACUGACAGCUCAUAACAUUUGUAUGAGCAAAACUGCUCACUCUGGAGCUCAGUGGGAUUCUGCCUCUCUCUCCACUUCCAUUGGAAGUUCUCCUUGCUCCUUUUUGCAUCCCCUGGCUGUGGAGGAAUCCAGCCAGCACCUCCCUGCACGGAACCAAAACAAAGCCAUCCUCACUGUGGAUGCCAACACAACAGAGAUCCUAGUGGCUAAUGACAAAGCCUGCCAGCUGUUUGGGUGCAGGAGUCAGGAACUCAUUGGUCAAAAGCUGUCCCACUUGAUAUGCAAAUCCAGUCAAGAGGUAUGGAAAGCUGUGGGUGAGGAGAACAUAGGAACUGAUGAGCAUCCUUUGGUGAUUUCAGCAACUGUGGUGGAUGUUAUUGGCCAUCUGCAAGAGAAGAUCCCUGUCUCAGUCUGGUUGAGGGAAAUAAGAAGCAAGGACAACCACUGCUGUGUGGUUGUGCUGGAACCAGUGGAAAGACUUUCAGCUUCUGUUUCCUUCAGGGUUGAUGGAGAGAUUACAUCAUGUGACCUCCUUUUUGCCCAUCUUCAUGGCUACCCAGCACUGGAAGAGGUAAUUGGGCUCCACAUAAAGGACCUGAUUCCUUCUGUACAGAUCCCGACUCUAGGAAAAAAAAUCCCAGAGAAUCUCAGGAUCCAGCGAGCUGUAGGCAGAUCCAGAGAGGGUAACAUGUUUCCUCUCAGUUUGAAGCUGCAAGUAGGCCUUCUGGAAGAGGACCAAGCAGCAGUGCAGGAAGAUGUUCCACAGACAACACGAGGGGGCUCUUCCCCAGGCUACCAUUACUCUGCCACAGUUGUGGUUUUCUGCACCAUCAGUGGUCUUAUCACUGUCCAAUCAGAUGGAACCAUCUGUGGUAUCAAGGAUAGCUUUGCUUUGAUGCUCUUUGGCUAUGAAAAGAAGGAACUGGUGGGAAAGAACAUCACAUUCCUGAUCCCUGGUUUCUAUAACAACAUGCAGAGAAGCAGUGACUGUUCUUUGCCAUUAUCUCCUCUUGACAACUCCACGGGGACAGAGGACAGCAGCUUCUUGGCUGCAUCUUUAGCAAGCCUUCUCUCAAAAGAUGAAGAGCAGAAAUUGGAAAGAAGACACAAAGAAGACAAAUUAAUAUAUGAUGAGAUUAAACAAAAGAAUGGGACCAGUUUCUUUUCUACUCCCUCACCUCCUGAGGUGGCAUCUACACCCUCUAAUAGUGGAGACAGGAUUGGUACCAAGGGGCUGCCAGCCCACUGUGGAGAGCCUUCCCCUGGGACCUGCCUUGACAGAAUCCCAGCAGUAGAACAGUGCAGAGCAGUGGAAACUUCAGGAUUGAAUAAUUCUCAGAAGAUUCUCUCUGCAAGGCUCUCUCCCACACCAUAUGAUUCAGAACAGUUUGAUUUAGGUCAGAACAUGAAAAUUCCAGCAAGAAGCAGUGAUAGUGCAGAGUCUGGUGCAUCUGAGACUCAAAAUGCCAGUGAGACUAAUAUCUUGCCUAACCAAUUACAAGUUCCUCAUCAAGACCUGAAGGAAUUAAAUUGUCAGCAGAUCUGUAAGUUACCACAUGAAAUGCUGGAGCAUCAGCAGUCCCCUGAUGCCUGGGGGCAGGCUUCUUCAGUAAAUAUUGCCUGGUCACCUGUUUGUUCUAGGCUAGAAGACAAGCUAGACCCUGCAUCCCAUGGCCCCAUUAAGCCACCUUCUGUUUUUACUUGUAACUCACCUGGAACACCAACCAUGGAUGAGCCAUGUUCUGGGAGAACGCUGGACUGCAGACAGGACUUUCACAGCCAGAUGGUGACAGGGCACUUGUCAAAAACAAACCUUGUGUGUGAUGCAAAACAUUCCAGCCUUGAGCCCCUUGUCAGUGAAAACUGCCUGCUAAAUGAUGCUUCAUCCUUCCUUGCAAAUGGAAGAAUCACAAUCCAUGAUGUUUGCUCUGGAAAUAAAAUGGGUUGCAGAGCUUCUGCACCAGGAGUUGCCACACCCUCUGAAGAUGUUACAGAGUUAGACACUGAGCUGAACUGUAUUUGCUCUGGUCUUGAAGUACUGGAUCUGGAUAUUGGUGCCAAGGGGAACUCAAACAAUUGUUUGGGUAUUACUGCAGCUCUUGGAACAUCCUCCUCUAAUACAGUGGACUGGGCUGGAGACAAUAUGCCAGCUCAGAAAAAGAAUGCCCUUUCAACUGGGCAAGGAGGGCAACUGGUGAAUGGUGUUACCAUAGAAGAUGGUUUUGUAUUGCUGGCCUCCCCAAGGCAGUUAGAAAACUCAGAAGAAUCCUCCAAAGCAUUUCUUGAGAAGCCUAAAACUCUUGUAGAGACUCCAAGGGACAACAUCAAGAGAGACCCCCUGAAAAGCAAAGGUAGUCCUGAAGAAGACUGUCUGUUGCAUGGGCAGCAAAAUAUGGAGAUAAAAAUAACAUCAACCCCAGUGAAACAAGAAGAAAGGCUGAAUCCAGCAGCUCCUUUGACCUUGGAGAUUCUGGAAGGCAGCUAUGCUGGGAAUUGCUGUCACAGAGAUGGUUCACAGUUAAGUGUACUCUUUGAAGUGAAACGUGUAGAGCUGCAGGACCCUGCCAUACUUUUCUGUGUCUGGGUGAUGAAAGACCUUCUACAGUGCCAGAAAGAAACUGCAGCAAAUACUCAGCUUUUGCUCUCCAGUCUAGCAAGCUCUGCCCAGUCUUCUGCAGAUCUUUCUACACAGAGUCUUGGAGAAGCCAUCAGAUCUACUUCCCUUUUUGAGAAUUCCCGAAGAGCUGAAGAACUUGAAGGAUUAAGGGCAUGUGAGGGAGAAUAUGCAAAAAAUUAUACCACUCUCAGUCUUAUUGGCAAAGGAUCUUUUGGCUUUGUCUGGACUGCCAGGGACAAGCAAGAUCACCAGGAGGUUGUUGUCAAGUUCAUCUGGAAGGAGAGGGUGCUUGAGGACUGCUGGGUAGAUGAUCCUGACCUGGGGAGAGUUACUCAAGAAAUCUCCAUCCUUUUGAAGCUGCAGCACCCCAGUAUCAUUAAGGUGCUGGAUGUCUUUGAAAAUGAACACUUCUUCCAGCUAGUGAUGGAGAAGCAUGGAUCUGGUCUGGAUCUGUUCACAUUCAUUGAUAAUCAGCCCAACUUGGAUGAGCCAUUAGCAAGCUAUAUAUUCAGACAGCUUGUCUCAGCUGUCGGGUAUCUCCACUGUAGAAAUAUUCUCCACAGAGAUAUCAAGGAUGAAAACAUUGUCAUUGCUGAAGAUUUUACCAUUAAAUUAGUGGACUUUGGUUCAGCUGCCUACCUGGAACCUGGCAAAUUGUUUUAUACCUUUUGUGGGACAAUUGAAUACUGCUCUCCAGAAGUGCUGUCUGGCAAACCGUACCAUGGCCCUGAGCUGGAGAUGUGGUCCCUUGGUGUCACCCUUUACACACUAGUAUUUGGAGAGAAUCCCUUCUGUGAGCUGGAGGAAGCCAUGGCAGCUGUCCUGAACCCUCCUUGGCAUGUGUCAAAAGGUCUCAUGGAUCUCAUGGCUGGGCUUUUGCAUCCCGUCCCAGAGCAGCGCACCACCCUCCCCGUGUUAGUAGAGGAUGGUUGGCUGAAGCAGCCUGUGAACCUGGGGGACUAUACCUGGGAAGAGGUAUUCAUCUCUCCUGAGUCAGGAAGCAACAGAUUCAGAAACAGCUCUGGUGAGCACGCACAUGGAGACAGGCUCCCAGCUGUGGAGACUGAGCCAUCCUUGGAUGCUCCUGACUGUGAGUGUGCAGAGCCCCACCAGGAAGCUGCAGCAGCUCUGGAGUGCCCUUCCUGGGGGCUGGGGCACCACUGCCCUUCCUCCCAGGGCUCAGCCCUGUGGAACAAUAGCUCCUUAUCACCAGACAAGGAUUGUCACUCAGGAACCAAGAGGAAUUAAUUGUAAGUGCUCCUCUCUUGUAGAUGGGUAGAUAUUACUUCUCUCUUGUGGAAAGACUUGAGUGCUCAGCACCAAGGGGUGGGCAGGGCAGCUUUGAGCUGCUCUGUCUGGGCAGGAUCCCUCUGGAAAAGCUUGUCACUAAUAGGUGUUUGUAAAUGUUCUUUUAAAGCUGUGAGGCAUUUUAACGUGUUCUUUAAAUUGGUUCAUAACUCAGAGUACCUUUUAAUUAGCUCUUUUUACUUUGUAUAUGUCGUUUCCCUCCUUCUGAAAAGUGAAUGAAUAAACAUGAGAUGAACCUUAGGUUAAUUGUUGGACUGGGUGAUCUUGAAGCACUUUUCCAACCAAGGUUGGCUGUGAUUUUGUGAACACCUUCAGGGUGCAUGCACAGAGAGGCC